AUGAAUCGUCAUCGUAAAAUAAAACGAUUUUUCAAGGAUUACGUAAAUCAAAUCUCUCCGAUGAUGAUAGAAUUAUUGGAAGAUGAGUUACAUAAAACUACAGAAAAGAGGAAGCGGAUUUGUACCAGAAAAUGGAUCUUACGUCGAGGCACACGCGGUGCUUCUGUUGGACUUCUUAGAGAGCUAGCAAGUGAAGAUGUUAACGAAUAUAGAUCAUUUAUGAGGAUGAAUGUUGAACAAUUUCAACUGGUUUUACAAAAUAUCUCUGACAAAAUUCAACGAUCAGACACAGCAAUGAGAGAAGCCAUAUCUGCAAAAGAUAAGUUACAAGUAACUUUGUCUUUUUUGGCAACAGGAAAUAGUUUCAGAACUCUCCAACAUAUUUUUCGAGUGCCUAAACCAUCGAUAUCCGCAUUUCUUCCUUUGAAUUUUAGAUGCUAUUUACGACUUCUUAAAGGAUUAUAUUAA